CAAUAACUUUGGAUAGCACGUGGUACAGUUGUUGUGUGUAGUGUUUAUGUAUCGUACUUCCUACGAAAGAAGUUGUCAUAAGAAUAAUGUCUUUCUCAGGCAGCGUAAGUGAUGGAUCGGUUGUCGACGAUGAAAGUUUAAGUACAGACAAACACCGAGUGCAAAGGGAAACCAGCAAGGCGAAACGUGGAAUAAUAUAUUUAUCUACAAUUCCACCGUAUAUGAACGUCACCAAAGUGAGAGAGAUUUUUGGGCAGUUUGGCGAGUUAGGAAGAGUUUAUUUACAACCACCAGAUAUAGGUAGGGAAGUCGGCAACAAAAAGAGAAAGCCAGCCAAACAUUUCACAGAAGGCUGGGUUGAAUUCAAAAGAAAAAAAGUGGCCAAAUUCGUUGCGCAGACCUUAAACAACACGCAGAUAGGCGGAAGAAAGAAAAGCAAAUUUUAUGACCAUAUUUGGUGCAUAAAAUAUCUGCCAAGGUUCAAAUGGGUUCAUCUCAGUGAAAGAUUAGCUUAUGAAAGAGCUGUCCGUAAACAACGUUUGAGAGCAGAAAUAUCCCAGGCAAAACGAGAAGCUAAUUACUUCUCUCAGAAUAUUGACAGGAGUGAAAAACUUCGCAGACACAAAGGUGUUACUGGUUUAAAAGUGAUGAAUGAUACACUCGGCAAACAAGACAUUGAUUAUCAUCAGCGGAAAACUGACAGUGAAAUUCAAGUGAAUAAAUGCAAAACAUCUUCUAAUGAUGGCAUUCCUGGUGGCAAGAAUAACAAUAAUUAUGUAGGAGAUUUGCAAACUAGAACUGCCUUCCUCAAGAAUCUGUUCAAUAGUGGAUCAUAAAAAGUGUCUCCCAUUUUUUUAAAAUUACAAGAAACAAAUUAAGAUCUAAGAAGUGGAUCCCAUUUAUAUUUCAUUGGCACACUCCUUUAUCAAGAAGUAUGAGGCAGUAUUUCCCACUGUUCCAAAGUCUAGUAAUUAAUUUGUAAUUACAAAUUACAUUGAUAAAAUGUGCAAUAAUUGACAAAUUUACUUUAUAAAAUCUCUCCGUAUUCUAUGUGCAUCAUAUUUCAGUAGAAAUUUAGAUAUUUAAAAGUCUACAUCAUCUUCAUAGAUGGAAGAAGACUACUGAAAGUGAAGUGUGCCUUUUAUAUAAUUAUUUUAUGGCUUACUGCUGAGUUUCUGCUGAAAAUGUUCCGCAAUUAGAACAGUGAGAGAAUUUCAUACAAGUCAGGUGCUGUGAAUAACUUGCUGUCAAGUGGAGCAGGACUUUUUUAUUGCAUUGAUUAAUGAUGAGAAGUAUACUUGCAUGGGGUAAUUUGUAUUUUGCUGUACAGAAGUGUUCAUUUCUCUUUGCGUUAGUUCAGUGGGUAAACACUGACUACAUAUACUACAACAUUUGCUUUGUAAAUGAAAUACUGAAGAAUGACUGUCAUUGCAAAUAAUGUAAUGAAGGAUAAGAAUACUAAUAAAUAAAUAAUAGUGUUAAAUAUUAA